AGACGACAGAAGGAGGAAUGGAAUCAUCUCUCAUUACUGUGAUUGGCUUGUGCUGCAGUAGUCUGCUCGUGGUCUUCGGAGAUCAGCAGGGUUCAAGGAAACUUCUCGUGAUACUACUGGACGGUUUCAGGUGGGACUAUCUCAAAUACGACGGGUUCAGUGACGAUGGGUUUCGCAGGUUCGCCAGAGAGGGGGCGACAGCAGCGUCCCUGCAGCCGGUGUACCCCUCCUCUUCCUACCCAAAUUACUACUCGCUCAUGACAGGACUGUAUACGGAAAGUCACGGAAUGACCGGAAACUAUAUGUAUGACGCGGUACGCAACGAAUCCUUUUUGAUUGGAAAAAAUCCCGAGCAGAAACAUCCUCAUUGGUGGGACGAUGGUGAUCCAAUAUGGGUCACUGCAACAAGGCAGAAAAAGAACUGCUAUAUGUUCUACUGGCCUGGGUGUGAGGUGGAGAUUCGACGGCUCAGGCCUAAGUUCUGUCAGCCUUACGAAGCAAUCGCUACGAUAUCCCAGUUCCGCUCGGCCAUUGCGCAGUCUCUGCAGCUUCUUCAAAACGGAAGUGCUGAUUUGGCGACAAUUUAUUUCGAGAAUAUCGAUCACGAAGGCCAUGCGUACGGUCCUUUCAGCGACGCCAUCAACAGCACUCUCAAAAUGGUCGACGCUGAAAUCGCUUUCCUACUGGCUGAGAUGGAUCGACGUCAUAUCCGGGAUAGCGUUGACGUCAUGAUCACAUCUGAUCACGGGAUGACCGACAUGUCGGGAGUCUCCCCGACCAGACUCAUUAACAUCAGCUCGGUGCUUCCAGCAGGAGAUUACUCCCUCGUCGUGGAAGGUGGCUCCCUAACUAGCGUCUUUUUGAGCAGCGAGCUUGUUCCACAGGUGUACCAGAAGCUGAAGUCGUUUCACCCCCACAUGAAGGCUUAUCUGCGAGACGAAAUCCCCGACAGGUGGCACUACAAGCGAGGACGUUACGUGGCGCCAAUUACACUGAUAGCAGACGUCAACUGGUUCAUACUGGCGCCUUACUACCCUCACUAUCCUGCCAACUCAGACGGGAGUCCAUGGCUUGGUUGGCAUGGUUACGACAACACAUUCAUAGAUAUGCACGGGAUAUUUCUAGCCUCUGGUCCAUCUUUCAAGACAAACCACGUCUCCAAUAAACCACGCCUCCAUAUUGAUUUAAGUGCUAUAUUUCCAGAGCCAAACAAUGCUUCCCAUAUACAUUUAAGUGUUAUAAUAAUUAUUGUCAGGUUGCUGCUUACAAAACAAGCCACGCCUCCCAUAUUAAUUGUGUUAUAUUUCAAGCUUUUAAGACAAACCACACCUCCAUUAAACCACAUCUCCCAUAUUAAUUUAAGUGUUAUAUUUCCAGCUUUCGAGAUAAACCACGCCUCCAUUAAACCAUGCCUCCCAUAUUAAUUUAAGUGUUAUAUUUUCAGCUUUCCAGACAAAUCACAAUCCAAUAAACCACGCCUCCCAUAUUAAUUUAAGUGUUAUAUUUUCAGCUUUUAAGACAAACCACGCCUCCAUUAAACCACGCCUCCCAUAUUAAUUUAAGUGUUAUAUUUUCAGCUUUCCAGACAA